UGUUUUUGUUUAGGAAGUGUGGUGUUAAAUUAAAUAGAACAGAUGAACACACAAGUCCUGUGAGCUGUGAUUCUUCGGCAGCGUUUUCAAUUUCCUUCACAAUUUACUUCAUUUUUUUAGCUUUUUUGUUUAAGUGCUCAUUUCCGCAUUUAGAAAAAAAGAAGAGACCCAAAUAGACCAAAUAUAAAGAUGGCAAGGAGCAAAGUAAGCAGCAAAGUCUGCAGGAGCAGCAGAUUAAAAUCAUCAUCAUCAUCAGAAAAGUCUGCAGAUACAAUAAACCAAAUCAGCAGAGGAUCAAUACUAAAGCACUUGGUUAUUUGCGGCUGCCUGGUAAUAAUAUCCAUGGCCUCUGUAACCAUGGCCAAACCACCGGAUCAGGAAGCCAUCCAUCACAAAAAUGCCGAAUUCCCCGAGGAGGACAGCGACAUGCUGAUGGAGCCGAAUGACUUUUCGCCAAUCACAGUACUGCGAUCGCAUGAGCAGCACUUCCACAUGCCGCCGACCACGCAGCUCCAGCCGCAGACGCAGUCCAGAAUCCAGCCCAGAGCUCAGCCCAGGCAGUUCCAGUCGGCAGCGCAGCAGAAUCCCGACGAGGAGGACCAGUUCCGACCCAUUGCCAAUCCGAACACCAAGAUAGUGGGCGAUUCGCACACGCAGGCAGCGCAGAACUUCUAUCCGCCGUUCUACCACGAGGCGCCACCUUUGGGGCAUUCGAGGCCCUACUUCGGACAUGGUCCUCCGGUGUCGGAGAGCACUCCCCUGUCCCUGCCCCUGCCCCUCCUGGCACCCCAACAACAGCAGCCACAGCUGGCCACCCAGCAGCGCAACUUCGAUGCCAGUAUUUUGGGGAGUGGAGAUUUCGGGGUGCUGAGAGGGGGAACCUUCUAUCCGGAGGAGGAAAUGCCCUACCAUCCCGAGGACAACAGCGAUUACAUAUACGGAGAUGCCAACAACGGACAUGGUCGUCCUUCAGAGGGCUUUGUGCAGAAGUACACCUAUCCGGAGGAGCAGUUUGCCAAUUUCCGGGACUUCGCGGACAUCAAUACACCCGCCGACUCGGCAUUUUCCCAAUUCGUGGUGGUCUAUGCGGCCAAGAAUGCCACUGCACCGCACUCACAUCCGCAUCCCAAGAACAUAUUCGAGCAGCUGGAGCUGCUGGACAGGGAGAAGGAGCUGGAGAGGGCCAAGUCCCAGCCCAAGACCUCGUCCAAGAACAAGUCGAAAUUGUCGAAGACAAAGCUGCAGAAGAAGUACCGAAAGAAGGCGGGCCCCAAAAUAGAGGAUCCCUCGGAAAUAGAGCCUUUGUUGGCACUCAGUUAAGCGUCUUUAAAAAGAGGAAAAAAAUACAAAAAAAUACCUAAAAACAAACACCCAUCACCACUUUCGUUUUCCCUUGUUAGUUUUAUUUAUUUUAUUUCGAGAUGAAUGCAAGCCACCACAAAAAAAAAGAUCCACCCCAAUGUCCUAAAGUUCAUUUCCACAAAACACCUAUAUUGCAAAAAUCUAUACCAUACUAUAUAUUAAAUAUCAGUGUUUUUUUGGUCUGUCUGCUUUUUGUCUCGCAUCGUUUGUUAAUUUUUAAACUUAGCCCGUAGUCUACUAUAUCUUUAUAUAUAUAUAUAUAUAUGUGUCUUUAUGUCUUAUACGCGUAUCUAAUGUAAUUAUUUUUUGUCUAAUUGAGCAUAAUUUUAUUAUGUGUGUGUACAUAAAACGAGAAAUGUUAAAUG